AUGCAUGGAGAGUCAGCCUCGCUUGCUUUUCUUUCUAGCGGAAAAAAAAAAAAAAAAAAAAAGGUGACCCUGCAGAAGGAUGCUCAGAACCUGAUCGGGAUAAAAAAAAAAAAAAAAACCCAGUACUGUCCCUGUCUCUAUAUCGUCCAGGUAUUUGACAACACCCCAGCAGCCUUGGACGGCACAGUGGCAGCUGGCGAUGAGAUCACCGGUGUCAAUGGCAGGUCAAUCAAAGGGAAAACCAAGGUGGAGGUGGCGAAGAUGAUUCAGGAGGUGAAGGGGGAGGUGACCAUCCACUACAACAAGCUGCAGGCGGACCCCAAGCAGGGCAUGUCCCUGGACAUUGUGUUGAAGAAAGUCAAGCACCGGCUGGUGGAGAACAUGAGUUCGGGGACUGCAGAUGCUCUGGGCCUGAGCCGGGCCAUCCUGUGCAAUGAUGGGCUUGUCAAGAGGCUAGAGGAGCUGGAGCGGACCGCUGAGCUGUACAAAGGGAUGACGGAACACACCAAGAACCUCCUACGGGCCUUUUAUGAGCUGUCGCAGACUCACCGGGCCUUUGGGGACGUGUUCUCCGUGAUCGGGGUGCGGGAGCCCCAGCCAGCUGCGAGCGAGGCUUUCGUGAAGUUCGCCGAUGCCCACCGCAGCAUCGAGAAGUUUGGCAUUCGGCUUCUGAAAACCAUCAAGCCAAUGCUGACGGACCUGAACACGUACCUCAACAAAGCCAUCCCAGACACUCGCCUCACUAUCAAGAAGUACCUGGACGUGAAGUUUGAGUACCUGUCGUACUGCCUGAAGGUGAAGGAGAUGGAUGACGAGGAAUACAGCUGCAUUGCCCUAGGCGAGCCCCUUUACCGGGUGAGCACCGGCAACUACGAGUACCGCCUGAUCCUGCGCUGCCGCCAGGAGGCGCGCGCCCGCUUCUCCCAGAUGCGCAAGGACGUGCUGGAGAAGAUGGAACUGCUGGACCAGAAGCACGUCCAGGACAUCGUGUUCCAGCUGCAGCGCCUCGUGUCCACCAUGUCUAAGUACUACAACGACUGCUACGCGGUGCUGCGGGAUGCCGACGUUUUCCCCAUCGAGGUGGACCUGGCGCACACCACACUGGCCUACGGCCUCAACCAGGAGGAGUUCACAGAUGGGGAGGAGGAGGAGGAGGAGGAGGACACGGCAGCUGGGGAGCCGUCCAGGGAUACACGAGGGGCUGCUGGGCCCUUGGACAAGGGUGGAAGCUGGUGUGACUCCUGAGUGCCCCGCGGGUAUGGCGCCGGGGGCAGGGUGCGUGGGAGGACGGAGCCUGGGAGCGGGUCGGGGCCGCCAAGCAAGGGGGCGACGCAUAAAGGCCUGCUGGCUUGGGGCGCCUGCCUCCCUGCUCCUCUGUCCUCGCACAGUGAACCUGGGCUCCUGCCCACGACAGGCACCAGGGUCAUGGCCUGGGACCUGGACACUGGCCCCUCCACCCUCCCUCCCCUCCCGGCUCCCCGGCCAGAGGGAGAGCUUGGUCUCUGGACCUGCCUUAGGAAGGAGAGGGAGGGCAGGAAGGAAAAGAAAGGACUUGGAGGUGGCAGGAGUCCGGGCCCUGCUCCUUGUGGGCACUCGCACUGCCCCCGGAGCCUGCCGGGAGUGGGGCCAGCGAUGGACAGCUGAGGUUGGGGCCAGUGUCUCCUGGGCACCUUGCCUCGCCCCAGACCGGCCCGUCCAGUCCCCAUCACACCUCGGCGGCCUUUAUUUAUUCUCUUCCCCCAGCUUGGCCACUUCUUUGAAGGAGGGCUGGGCUCUGGGCCUGUAUCGAAUAAACAAACCUGGAUGGCGCA